UCGAUGCGAGCACAUCAUUCCAAACCACUACUCGACGACCGAUAUUGACUUCCCGGCUUGCGCUAUCAUGACACCUCUGACGACCUUACGUUCUGUUCUGCUGUUCUUACGAAACCUACUCACCCGAUGUCGGAGGCAUACCCUCAAAAAUAUCCUCGACCUCUGGCAUCUUCUUCGGAGACGACUUGGACGUCGCAGAAGCAAAGGAGGUGACGAUGGGCCGGGGAGUACGGUCGCGCGUGCGCCGCAGUCUGCGGACCUCUCGUUUCGUGAGCCAUUCCCAACUCCAGACUCUCCAGUACAACGCGUCACUAUAUGCGAGGCCCGGAGACCUCUCUCUGCUCUCGAGCUGCACAUGGAACAUCAUCAUAGUGGGCAGUUUCUGCAGCCGGGAGAUGUCCCUACUCGCCCGGCGUCCAUGGUGGCGCAGCUGGCCGUGCCCGGACAGUCCCCUGGCUCGGGGCCUUCGCGCGAGCUGCUUCACCCAUUCUCCUAUGCCCACUCGAACGCCUCCAAGGGAUCCGAUAUUUCCAUUGGCGUCCAGUCUACAAGCACCACGGAGCGGAGCCACAGAGCGCACCUCGACGGCCCGUCUCACAGGCCGGAGGCACGCUCGACCUCGCGUGCCGCAGCGCGCGGUAUUUCUCGCAUGGCGGCGAGAGCCCCAUCGCACACGCCCUCUCGCGCGACCUCCAGAUCAAGAUCGAGAGCGCCUUCCCCGUCACCCCGACGGUCACACAUAGACCUCCCGGAUGUUACCCGUCUCGCGCCCACCGCGAGCCAGAAUACGUUGGCGAUACCCGACUUGGACACAUACCCCCCCACGCCAGACCGCCUGCCUCCAGUGCCUCCAGCCCUGAUGGAGGACAAAGUGUGGCCCAUAUUACAGUUACCCCGUUAUGACGACUGCCCCACGAUUACACCCACGAGGGCGGAUUGGAUCCUCCCACCCGUGUCGCUCUCGUUCCCGUUAGAAGAUGUCCCUCCCGAGUGGGUAGCAUGCACCCAUCCGGAGGGUCGGUUGUAUUUUUAUCAUCCCCGAAAGCGCAUCUACACGGAUGUCGAUGUUCGCGAUCUAACUCUACUCGCCGUCUUGGGCGCCUUCGAAGAAAGGCUCACGGACAUGAUACGUGCAGAACAAGUUGUAUUACCACCUGACUGCGAGCUCAUGUUGUACCUGGAGAGGCGGCCCAUAUCUGGAGGCUAUAAUUGGCUGUACUACUACGCAGACAACACCGCGCGCUCUCUGUUUUGGGUACAGGAGCUCGAUAUUAUCGAUGAGCUGCCAGAGGUUGCUGGCAUCAAGACGUUGUCUAACAUCAGAUACGAAAUGGAAUCGAGGUAUUGGAUCCAUUGUGAGAUGUACCCCCACAACCAUUCGUUAUCGGAAGAUGACUGGGCGGAGUUGACGGGCAUCCUGACGUUCUCAAGCAUCGACGCCAUUACAUCGUUGACAUCCACCAUAUCGUACGGUGCGGACGAAGUACACAGAAUGCUCGGGCUCGUCAAAUCUGCUAAAGCGUUGACGAAAGUCGACUACGCGACCGUGGCCAUGGCUCGCCUGCUGAACCUCUUCUACCGCCAGCGCUUCUUGAACAUGUACGGGCAACCCUAUGCGCGCUUGAGCCCUGCUCAGAGCGUGUACAACACCAAGAAACACCCCAGGACACCAUUGAUCAAAAUAAUGUCGUUCUUCUUCUGGAAUGCCCCGGCUGUGCACCUCCGUGGGCUCGAGAGAAUCUGGGUCGAUGGCAUCAUCCACCUCCGGCCCUGGACGACCUUCAUCGGCAAGCUGCAGAACGAGUGGCAGGAGUUUGUCCUAUACGCUACGGUGUUGCUAAACGCAAACGUCGCGUUCCUUGCCAUCCCGAGCGUAGACAACGGCACGGAUCAGUUGUCGGCCGCACAGAUCAGCAGUAAUAUCUCAAUCGUGACGAGUGUGGGGAGCAUCCUGCUCGGGCUGCUGCUCAUCCGCCAACACCGCGUCAAAUCGAAGGACACCCCGAUCGAAGCGUUCUGGUUUCUCAGCGCGCGCAAGCAUCCCACCCUCGGCCUCGAGACGCUCGCGAUCAUCUACAGCCUGCCGUACGCGCUGCUCAUGUGGGGCAUGGUCACCUUCCUCCUCGCGUUCUCGUUCGAGUGCUUCGGCACGCCAGACACGGUCGGGGUGUUCAUCUUCGCCGCGGCGUGGAGCGCGAUCGCCAUCUUGGUGUGCUGGUGCAUCUUCACCGGCUGGGAGAGCGGCGAGACGAAGCUCAAGGACCGGCUGCUCGCGUGGCGGGAGCGCCUGCUGCCCAAGAAGAAGACGGACGAGGACGAUGCGUUGGCUGGGGGAGGGCCGCUCAGCGCGCUCAGCUUGAACGAGAAGGCGCCGUGGCUGGCGAAGUUCUUCAAACACGGGAUCUUCCCGCACUCUGGCGACCCGCCAACGACGGAGAUGGAGGAGCGCGCGUCGUCGAGCGUGUAGUAAUAUUGCUUGUUGUGUAGUCCCGCGGAGGACGUGACCACACCUUGGAGGGUCGUGUAUACAAGGCGAGUUCUCUG